AUGAACAUAUAUUUUUCACCUCCACGCCAAUCCUACCCCACGUUUCACAUCUCUUUAUCAAUGCUAAAGCUCGAAUACUCAAACACAAUCAGCAAAAAGGAAUUCUUCAUCGGAAGUAUCAAGGUGUACGUAUACAAUGCCGACAUUCUUCCCGCAUACGUGGAACUGUUCAAACAAGAGCACAAAUGCUUGAACAUUCCCGUCAAUGUGCUAUACCUAGUCCACCACAGACAGGGCGACUAUUCGUACACCGAGGCAGUGGCGGAGAGAGUCGUAGCUGAGUACUCCAAAGAUGCCAAGGUUCCAAUGAUUGCCGUCACUUUUGAUAUCGCCAACCAUGGAGAACGGAAGGUUAGUGAAUUGGCCAAUGAGGAUUGGAGAUCGGGUAAUGAGACGCACGCUUUGGAUAUGAUCAGUUGCAUUGACCUGACCAUCCAUGAUUUGAAGCUAAUCAUGGACUUCUUGCCGGGAUAUCUCGAUCUUGAUGCACAUGUAAACGCAUCUUUGAAGGAAGAGAAUGUGGGACUCAAGUUCCACAACAUUCUCGCCGGCUACUCAAUUGGUGGACAUGUAGUGAUCCGUUUCGCCAGCCGGUAUCCCGAGCUUGUUUCUGCCAUCAAUCCUAACGUUGGCUGCUCUGACUUGACCAGUCUUCUCUACAACCGCUUGAAGAGAAGCAAGAACUUCGACAAGAAGUUCUUUUAUAGCACUUACGGCGAGUUAGAAUUAGAUGCCACCGAGAGAAAAAGAUAUCCGGAGGCAUUGCACAAGUACCUCAGUCAAGAGGACAUGCAGAUCUUCGAACGGUUCCCAGUAAACCAGGUCUUGAUGUACGCUACAUUCUACGAUGAUGAUCCUUUGGUGCCUCCACGUAUCUCCAAGUUAUGGGUGGAUACUUGUUUGAACAGCAAUACUGAUUCUGCUGUGUACUACGAGAAGGGACGUAUUCAUGAUAUCACCCUUGAGAUGGUCGAUGGAUUCAUCAGUUGGUUGAGAGCCAAGGCCGACUUGAUCUAG